AUGAUUAAAGCACCAGUAAUUCUACAGUCACUAUUGGAUUCUAGAGACGAUCUAACAACUCAUAACCAACAAGUCAACAACUUUAGAGCUAAAGAGCAAGAAUGUUUAUACCUCUUGAAGAAAUGCGAGAACAUGGAGGAGUUUAAGCAAGUUCAUGCUAGAUUCAUCAAGCUUAGAUUGUUCUGCUCUUCUUCAUUCUCGGCAAGCAGCGUUCUCGCAACCUGCGCUCUCUCGAAAUGGGAGAACGGUAUGGAUUACGCGGCAUCGGUUUUUCGAGUAAUCGAUGAUCCGUGUACCUUUGAUUUCAAUACAAUGAUAAGAGGGUAUGUUAAUGAAAUGAGUUACGAGGAAGCAUUGUGUGUUUACAUUGAGAUGAUAGAAGAUGGGAUUGAGCCGGAUGAUUUUACGUACCCGUGUCUUCUCAAGGCUUGCACUCGGUUGAAGUCGAUUCGAGAAGGGAAGCAGAUUCAUGGGCAUGUGUUUAAGCUCGGCUUUGAAGAUGAUGUGUAUGUGCAGAAUAGCUUGAUCAAUAUGUAUGGAAGAUGUGGAGAGAUAGCACUUUCUUCUGCGGUUUUUGAGAGACUUGAAUCUAAAACAGCUGCGUCGUGGAGCUCAAUGGUCUCGGCUUGUGCAGGAGUUGGAAUCUGGGGGGAAUGUUUGAUGUUAUUCCGCGAAAUGUGUAGAGAAACGAAUUUGAAAGCGGAAGAAAGCGGAAUGGUCAAUGCUCUCUCAGCUUGUGCCAACACCGGUGCACUCAAUCUGGGAACGAGCAUCCAUGGAUACCUGUUGAGAAACAUAAGCAAACUCAACAUAGCAGUCCAAACUUCACUAGUAGAUAUGUACGCUAAAUGCGGGUGCUUAGAUAAAGCGUUGCAUAUUUUUAAGAAGAUGGAAACAAGGAAUAAUCUGACUUACAGCGCAAUGAUCUCAGGACUUGCGUUGCAGGGAGAAGGAGAAGCAGCUUUACGGAUGUUCUCUGAGAUGAUCGAAGAAGGUUUAGAAUCAGAUCAUGUUGUGUAUGUCAGUGUUCUCAAUGCUUGUAGCCACUCUGGUCUUGUCAAAGAAGGCCGUCGAGUCUUCGAGGAAAUGUUAAGGGAAGGGAAGGUGGAGCCAACGGCUGAGCAGUAUGGUUGUCUUGUAGAUCUUCUGGGAAGAGCUGGACUGCUCGAGGAAGCUUUGGAAACUAUCCGAAGCAUGCCAAUUGAGCAAAAUGAUGUUGUCUGGAGAAGCUUUUUAAGCUCAUGCAGAGUUCAUCAGAACGUCGAACUAGGCCAAAUAGCAUCCCGAGAACUUCUUAAGCGAAGCUCACACAACCCAGGUGACUAUUUAGUGAUAUCUAACAUGUAUGCACAAGCUCAAAUGUGGGAAGAUGUAGCCAGAGCUCGAACAGAGAUGGCUAACAAGGGUUUGAAGCAAACCCCUGGUUAUAGUGUUGUCGAGGUAGAAGGAAAAAAGUACAGGUUCGUUUCACAAGAUAGAUCUCACCCACAAUGCAAAGAGAUCUACAAGAUGCUACACCAGAUGGAAUGGCAGCUAAAAUUCGAAGGAUAUUCACCAGAUGUGACACAGAUAUUGCUAAACGUAGACGAAGAAGAAAAAAGAGAGAGACUGAAAGGGCACAGCCAAAAGGUGGCUAUUGCCUUUGCACUAUUGUAUACACCUCCAGGGUCUAUCAUUAGAAUAGCUAGAAACCUGAGGAUGUGUAGUGACUGUCACACAUAUACAAAGAAAAUCUCCAUGAUCUAUGAAAGAGAGAUUGUUGUAAGAGAUAGGAACAGGUUUCACCUGUUUAAAGGCGGAACUUUCUCCUGUAAAGAUUAUUGGUAG